AUGACGAUCCAAAUUAUACCAGUACUUGCUGUGCGCCUGCGACAGCUUGACGCUAGGGCACAUAACCGUCUCAGCUAUCUGGUGCACUUCACCAAUCAGGGUGCGACACAUGCAUGCCUUGUAUUUGUGGAUGAAAGCGGCAAGCGAUGUGGUGAAUGGACGAUGCAGCAGGGGCUGAAUUGCUGCUUGCAGGGAUUUGAGGCUGCCGAUCGAGUUGCAAAGUGGAUUCGAAUGGCCAAGAAGGAAAUUGGAAUUUCUGGUCCUCUUGCCGCUGUGGGGAUGGGCCUUUCGGGAGCCGAAGAUGAGGCACACAAUCAAAGAUUUGUUGAUUUUUUGAAGGAUCAGCAUGGUGAUGUUGCUUUUGAGUUUCUGCUAGCUUCCGAUGCAGUUAUUGCGAUCGCAGCCUCGUUUCAGAAGGGUGGUGUAGUGGUGGUUGCGGGGACGGGCUCCAGCUGUCGCCUGUUGAAAGCGGACGGAAGCGUGCAUGGCGUUGGCGGCUGGGGGCAUCUUAUUGGCGAUGGUGGUAGCGCUUAUUGGAUUGCAAGAAGGACGAUACAAUACAUAUUUGACGACGAGGAUGGCCUACGUUCGGCGCCUUAUCCAAUAAGAAAUGCUAAGCUGUUAUUUUUGGAGUUUUUUGGCAUAAGCGACAAGGCGGGCAUUCUGAGCCACUUAUACACUGAUUUUGAUAAAUCAAAAAUUGCAGCUUUCGCGGCACAAAUUGCAAAAGGUUAG